AUGGCAGGCCAGUUCCGCAGCUACGUGUGGGAUCCGGUGCUGAUCCUGUCUCAGAUCGUCCUCAUGCAGACCGUCUAUUAUGGCUCGCUGGGCCUGUGGCUGGCGCUGGUGGACGCGCUGGUGCGCAGCAGUCCUUCGUUGGACCAGAUGUUCGACUCCGAGAUCCUGGGCUUCUCAACCCCUCCAGGCCGGCUCUCCAUGAUGUCCUUCAUCCUUAACGCCCUUACCUGUGCCCUGGGCUUGCUGUACUUCAUUCGGCGAGGGAAGCAGUGCCUGGAUUUCACUGUCACUGUUCAUUUCUUUCACCUCCUGGGCUGCUGGUUCUACAGCUCCCGGUUCCCCUCGGCGCUGACCUGGUGGCUGGUCCAAGCCGUGUGCAUUGCACUCAUGGCUGUCAUCGGGGAGUACCUGUGUAUGCGGACGGAGCUCAAGGAGAUCCCUCUCAACUCAGCCCCUAAAUCCAAUGUAUAG